AUGUCUGCCACUACUGCUACGACUACCACCCAGGCCGAGCCCAUCACCGCCCAGAACAUUCUGCGACUUUUCCCCGACAUCGACACCAGCUCCGCGGGGUUGGAGGGGCACGAUGCGGAACAGAUUCGGCUGAUGGACGAGGUGUGCAUUGUGCUGGAUGAGAACGACAAGCCCAUUGGCAAUUUCAGCAAGAAGAUAUGCCAUUUAAUGACCAACAUUGACAAGGGCCUCCUCCACCGCGCAUUCUCCGUGUUCCUCUUCAAUUCCAAAAACGAACUGCUUCUCCAACAGCGAGCGACCGAGAAAAUCACAUUCCCCGAUAUGUGGACGAACACAUGCUGUUCGCAUCCGCUUGGGAUUCCAGGAGAAGGGGGCGCCGAGUUGUCAGAGGCGGUGGAGGGCGUGAAGAGGGCUGCCCAGCGCAAAUUGGACCAUGAGCUUGGCAUCAAAACUUCUCAGGUGCCCUUUGAGGACUUUAAGUUCCUGACGAGAAUCCACUACAAGGCGCCAAGUGAUGGGAAAUGGGGCGAGCAUGAGAUCGAUUAUAUCCUCUUCAUCAAGGCAGAUGUCGACAUCGAGCCCAACCUUAACGAAGUCCGAGACACUACAUACGUCACCGCCGAUGGCCUGAAGGCCAUGUUCGACGACCCCGCCUUGAAAUUCACCCCCUGGUUUAAGCUGAUCUGCAAUUCGCUGCUGUUCGAGUGGUGGGGACAUUUGGACAGUGGACUCGAGAAGUAUAUGAACGAACAGGAGAUCCGGAGGAUGUAG